AUGUUCAAAGAAGAAGCACUGGCAUACCUGUUCACCCUCGAACACCACAAACGAUACCUGGCAGGUCCCAGACUAGCUCAAGGGUUGACUGGUGUGGCCAGAACGGUGAUUCGCAAGAAGUUGGCGAUUGAUCCACAGUGGCUUGCUCAUCCGAGGGGGGCUUAUGACCUGAUAGAGCACUUGGAGCAGGCACUAGGACAGCCAACUUUGAUACAAGCAGCUCAGCACAUACAGAAGUUCUUUUACCAGUUGAAACGGAAGCGCAAUGAAACCAUGACACAGUGGACCAGUUGUCACAGUGAAGCAUUGUGGGAUGCGUCUCGGGCCCUGCAGCGUGUGAACUCGGAGCAUAGCAGUGUGAACACUGUUGGGGGAAGCUCGAAACACACGCACAAGGCCUAUAGCGACGCCAGUGAUGGGGGACCAUUCGAUGAGAAUGGGAGAAUGCGUGAUGAUGGAGAAGCCUCAGAAGCUGCUGAUCCGUGGGCCCGUCGCGAACCGGCUCCCUCCCAGGAUUGGGAUUGGGACUGGAAGCAUUCAGAGUGGUCUGGAUGGCAUGGGAGCACAUGGCACAGCGAGGAGUACGAACCUCCAGCUUCGUGGCAUACGGAGGUGAAGGACUUCAUCCCAGAGCACUUGACAGGAUUCCUGCUGCUGCAACGAUCUGGAUUGGAUGCCAGCGAACGUGCAAAUGUGUUGGCAGCCAUUCGUGGCCAGUUCUCAGUUGCAACAGUGGAAAGAGCCCUCAAGGAGCAAUGGUCGGACGACGACCUCAUGAAGAGGGACAAAGCUCACUACAGCGCCAAUCUGGCUUGGGAGGAUGACGAAGAGCAACUUUUGCUUGCAGGUGAAGUUCCACCCGAUCCUGACUAUGAGCCCGAAGCCUAUGCAGCCUUCAUGGAUGAGCAGAAUGUGAUAGAUUCUGCCCUGGAGGCCAUCAAGGAGAAGAAGAGGACGCUGCAAGAGGCCAGAUGGCGCCAACAACAGGUCCGCAGUGGACGCAAGUUCUAUGGACCUCCCGCCAACAAGGGGGGUGGAAAGGGACAGUUUCGACAUGGAGAUCGUGACCAUGGACCUCAAAAGUGUCUCAAGUGCGGAGGCCCGCACCAGACCUCCAACUGUCCAGUACCAAAGAAGCCUCAGGCCAAUGUGACUGAGGAAGCGGAAGUGGCUUUCAAGGCACACCAAGAGUCGCUUUCGUGUGAGCAAGCUCAAGUGUCGGCUGAGGUCUGCGAAAACAUCCGCUUGGGAAAAGGGAUCAUCGACUGUGGCGCCACCGCUACCUUAGGCUCAGUUGCUGCGGUCGAGGCUCUGAUGCGAAAUCACUGGACCAAAAAGGGCAGUGAUGGAGUGGAGGUAGAUGUGAAUACCACCCCCACUUUUCGUUUUGGAAACAAUGGAACCCAAGCAUGCGUAUCCACCGCCAAAGUGAAGGUGGAUUGUGGUGAGAAGGUUGGGGACAUGUCGAUUCAUGUUCAUGACUUACCCAACCAACCAAUUUUGGUUUCCAUCAAAUCUUUGAGAGCGCUCGGGGCCGUGGUGGACUUCGGCCGAAAUGAAGUGAUCUAUCGUUCGAUUUGCCCGUUGAGUGUGGUUAGGCUGGAACAGGCCGCAAAUGGCCAUCUCCUCAUGCCCCUGAGCGACAAUCUUUUGGCAGGAGCCACCCGCCGAAAACAGCAAGUGAUCAUGCCCACCGAGACCAAGCAGGAGCUCAUUCGCAAAAUCGAGGAGCUGGGAGAGUCAGCCUCAUCCAGCAUGACGGUGAUGCAACUAAAGGCACUUCUGUCGGAGUUGAAGACGUCAGCCAAGGAGUCAGAUCGGUUUGCCCUUCAGACCAAACUGCAGGCCUUGAACAAGGCCGCAAAGAAGAAGGCAACUCUUCAGGCACUGGCAGACGACAUGAACGUGUCCUACACAGCAAGCAACACCAUUCCUCAGAUCUAUGCGAAGGUCGAGGAGAAGGUUUCGAUGGAGCACCCAGGGAAUCCUUGGGACAAAGUGAAUUUCGGAAAGCAUGCCGAAUGCAACUACAAGGACAUCCUGGAGACACAUCGCAGCUAUGGGCAGUGGGUGAUCCAGACAGCAAAGGAGAAUCCUACGGGAAGCCAUUGGCGACUUCGUCGACUGGCACAAUGGUUGGAAGAGAACUGGGACACACCGGUGAGGAAGGGCCCAGAGAUCCGUUCGCUGACUCGGCCAUCCUCCAGCCGGGGCAAAAGCUCGGGUUACCAACCGACGGCCCAGGAUCUGGCAGACCUGCGCCGAGAGAUGAUGGAGCCUCACUCCGACAGUUCUUUCGUGAAGGUGCACCUGUCAGAUUCCGAGCAGGAGUUGGAGCGAGUGAAGGCCGAACUGGAACAACUGAAGUCGGAGAAUGCCCAGCUGACCCGACAGGCGGAGCGCAGCAAGUCCCGCAAGGAGAUGUGA